GUCCCUAGAAAGCGAAUAUUUUGUAGUAAAAGCUGAUUGAGCAGAGAGAGAGAGAGGCAAUGGCGCUCUCCUCUGUUCCCUCAUCUUCUUUCUCAUCCCUAGUGCCCAUAGAAAGCUUUACAUUGGAGAAAACUUCCUUUCUCUCUCCUCAUUUUCUCACAAUUCCCAGAAUUCAAACAUGCCCACAAACAAGAAAGCUCAAAUUUUAUGUUUCCAGAGCUCAAGCUUCAGGGCCAUCACAAGGUACUCCUCAAGAAGUUAAGAAUAUUGUUCAAAGCAGGAACCAGGAAAAGGAUGACAACCUCGCAUUUGUUGCUGGUGCUACUGGUAGAGUUGGUUCUCGUACUGUGAGUCAGCUCGUAAAACUUGGUUUUCACGUAAGAGCUGGAGUUAGGAGCAGGCAGAAAGCGGAGGAAGUGAUUUUUCAAAGACUGAAGAUUGAUGAUGUGGAGACAAGUGCUUCGGGGAAUUCAACCCCAAUUGUAGAGAAGCUUGACAUUGUUGAAUGUGACUUGGAGAAACCCAAUGAGAUUGGACCAGCAAUAGGCAAUGCCUCUGUAAUUAUAUGCUGCAUAGGUGCAAGUGAGAAGGAGGUAUUUGACAUAACUGGACCUUAUCGUAUUGAUUAUCAAGCUACCAAGAACCUUAUUGAUGCAGCCACUGUUGCUAAAGUUGAGAACUUCAUUUUGCUCACAUCUUUGGGGACAAACAAAGUUGGUUUCCCCGCAGCGAUUCUAAACUUGUUCUGGGGAGUCUUAAUUUGGAAAAGGAAGGCAGAAGAAGCAUUGAUGGCCAGUGGCCUUCCUUUCACUAUUGUGAGACCAGGAGGAAUGGAGCGUCCUACUGAUGCAUAUAAGGAAACACAUAAUAUAGUCCUUGCAAAAGAAGACACUUAUUUUGGAGGACAAGUGUCAAAUCUUCAGGUGGCAGAAUUAAUGGCAUUCAUGGGAAAGAACAGGGACCUUUCUUGCAAUAAAGUUGUGGAGGUGAUUGCAGAAACAACAGCCCCACUGCUUCCUAUGGGAGAACUUCUCUCGAAGGUCCCCCCUCAAGGUGCACAAAAGGUUCCACUGAAGGAUAUUCCAGGACCAGUUCCCUCCACCACUCAGUUUACCACAACAGAUCCCCCAACUCCUAGUGUGGUUCAAAAGGAAGUGGUGCAAAGUUCACAAGCCACGAGGCCUUUAUCUCCUUUCACAGUAUAUGAGGAUUUGAAACCACCAACAUCUCCAACUCCAACCCCAAGCUCUGGUUCUACUUGGCCCAAGGAAGCACAUGUGAAAACUGCAGCACCACCUGAACCUUCAAUGCCAGCUCAAGUUGGGACAACCAUAACAGUGCCCAGCUCAAUUAUAGAGAAUGAAGUCAUCGAAGCUCCACGUCAGAAAUCUAGACCACUUUCACCUUAUACUGUAUACGAGGAUUUGAAGCCUCCAAGCUCACCAUGCCCAUUACCAAAGAAAUUUUGAGGUGGUGUUAUAACCAAAGCAUGGUGAGAAUAUCAUGGGCUUUGCUUUUAUGAAAUGAUCUUAGAGCCUGUACUGAAUUUCAUGGUUUUGGACUUGGCAUGUAUUUGUGCUGUGGAAAUUUCAAGAGGCAAUUCUUUAUCCGCAAAAAGAUUAUUACAAAUUUGUGGUGUUUUGUCAUAUACAAUUUAUGUAAUUUGAAUAUUGGCCGUUAUAUGUGACCCAUCUUCUAAUUCAGCAUCUCUGCUGUCCAAGGUUUCCAUAGUUCAAUUGUACAGUAUGAAGAAUGGAUUACAUACAAGGCUGCAUGGCCAUGCAGAAUGAUGACCCAUACUAUUAAAAUGGCUUGAUGACCCAUAUUAUUAAAAUGGGAUGGGAUCGACUGGCUGAACUAAGUUCUUGAACUAGACCCAUGUAAAAUGCUAGAUGUUAUUCCUAUUAAAUGGGAUUUACAAUGUAAAAAAACAGAGGAAAAUAUUCAUAUGUUAAUAUGUGUA